CCCCCCGGUCUCAUGCCCGGGGUCUUUUAGACCGAGGAGCUUGGAGGCGUUUCCGAAGCGCAGCUGCUGAGGGAAAGAUGGCUGUGUUCGCUCGGUUUGGGUCGCGGACUUUAUUUGCUCCGCGGCUUUAUUCGGCGGCUGUGCGGCAUUUCACCCAUGGAACAAACGUACUAUAUCAAACGAAGAGUGGUCAGGGCACUUUCUUUUCACCACUUCAGAAAGCGAUGCUGCCACCAGAUGCUUUUCAUGGGAAAGUGGCCUUUAUCACAGGUGGUGGUACGGGCCUUGGAAAAGGGAUGACAAGUGCGCUCUCUAAUCUGGGAGCAGAAUGUGUCAUAGCAAGCCGGAAACUUGAUGUAUUGAAUCAAACAGCAGAAGAAAUAUCUUCUAAAACUGGAAAUAAGGUUCAUGCAGUUCAGUGUGAUGUGAAAGAUCCAGAGUCUGUUACCAAUGCAGUCAAUCGAUUAAUUGAAGUGGCUGGGCAUCCUGAUGUAAUAAUAAAUAAUGCUGCUGGAAAUUUUAUUUCUCCUUCUGAACGUCUUUCUGCAAAUGCAUGGAAGGCUAUCACUGACAUUGUUUUGAAUGGUACUGCUUUUGUAACUUUGCAAAUUGGAAAAGAAUUGAUUAAAGCCCAGAAAGGGGCAGCAUUUCUGGCCAUUACAACAGUCUAUGCAGAAAGUGGAUCUGGGUUUGUAGUACCAAGUGCUUCUGCCAAAGCAGGUGUAGAUGCCCUGUGCAAGUCUCUUGCAGCUGAGUGGGGUAGAUACGGCAUGAGAUUCAAUGUGAUUCAACCAGGCCCAAUAAAAACAAAGGGAGCCUUUAGCCGCCUGGACCCCACUGGGAUCUUUGAGAAAGAAAUGAUCCAGAGAAUUCCUUGUGGUCGCCUGGGAACUGUGGAAGAGAUCGCCAACCUUGCCACCUACCUCUGCAGUGAUUACGCGAAUUGGGUUAAUGGAGCAGUCAUUAGAAUGGAUGGUGGUGAAUACGUGUCUAUGGCUGGAGAAUUCAAUGAAUUACGUAAGGUCACCAAUGACCAGUGGAAUAUCAUGGAACAAAUGAUACGAAAAACAAAAGGCUCAUAACAUACAUUUUUAUGUGACUUUUUAUAUAGCUGCUUUCUAAAAUUUUCUGUAUUCUAGCAAUAAAAUGACCAUGGCUGAUAAUUAUCUGUA